AUGGACUCGAAAGCCUUCUGCUUAGCUAUCGCUUCACUCCUCAACUAUGCUCAAACUCGUGCGGAUGUACUUCUGUCCAGCACCGCAGCAGACACACACUCGAGCCACAAGAAUAUCGUACUGGACAUCAAAGAGUCGGUAGUGUCUGCAAUUGUCAUGAUCUCCGCGUUACGUGCCGAGUUCUGCGCUGCUGCCAUUGUACACGGAGUCGGUCCCGGUGACCUCUGGGCCAAAGUCAAUGAGACGUUUUCAGACGUACUGGCGGCAUCGCGGACAGAAUUCCUUCAUGCGAGCACCGGCGCCGGGCACGCAGAGAGGGAACUACGAGUCAGAUCGCUCUUGACGCGCUUAUGCAAUGAAACGCAGCGGGUGGGUGUAGGCCUUGGACUUUCUGAGGCAAGAUUAGAGGCGCAGCUGCACGCGCUCUCUGUCUUGCUCCGACGUGUAAUCAUCACGAUAGGCGACCUAGCCUUAGCGGAGCAGCAUUCUGCCAUAAUCGAAAUCGUGCUCGUCGCUAGCAUGCUCAUCUUCGCGUCGGAGCUGAAGUCUCUCAGACUCAUCCUUCGCGUGCUCAAAGUGAUAUACAAGAAAGAGUCUUUGGCUACGUGGGCGCAGCAUGCCUUAUUUGGCAUGAGCGUCAACAACGAGGAUGUCUUAUUGCGCUUGCGCAGGGCGGGAAUUCCUAUCCGAGUCAUCAGAGUCGUCAGGAAGCGCGGCAAAUCUUUGAAUUCAUUUGACCAGUUCAAUAACGUGCACAAACUCAAAUUCCUGGGUCUGGCAAUUGGUAAACGGCCAGCACGUAGUGUGCAAAGCCACUGA